GGCCGCGGGCAUUCCAUUUUGCGGGAAGGGGCUGCCAUGGCGGCUGCGUUGUCGGCGUGAGAGGACCGACCAGAUCGCGCGCGUUGCAUUCUCGCGGCGCCACGAUGGCGAUCGGUGGUGGAAAGAUCCGGCAUUAGGGUUUAUCAAGCGCGACGCUGUUCUUGCUGGAUGGCGAGUAGAUUCCAGGCGCUGGCGAUGCUGUCCAGGGUGUGCUGCCUGCCGCGGGCACGAAUCGGUCGCAGGUUUACUCACAGCAGCGCAGCUGGGGCGUUCCAGAUUAUCAGCAGGAGGGGCAAUCACUUUUGGUCGAGUUCUUCCGAGGAUAGUGGGAUAGAUGUGGAGGCGGAGGCUAGCAGCACCAGCAGCGCUAGCACUAGCAGUCGCAAGUUGCCGCUGGUGGACGAGAAGAAGAUCACACAGGCGGCCCCCGACUGGCUUCCACUUGUUCCUGGGAGUUCUUACUGGGUACCAUCGGAGGAGGAGAAGGUGAAGCCCGUCACUGUGAAGCUGCUCAACUUGAGCGACGGGAAGAUCACGGCGUGCAUCUCGCCUUGCGGCUGGCCAGCCUUUUCGGAGGACGAAGAUUUCACGGAUGUGUCUGAGGACGAAGAUGACGAUGAUUAAAUCAUACGAGCUGCUUAGCUUGCUCAAGAGCUUGCGAGCUUGCGAGAAACAAAGCAAAGGGAAAAAGAACCACUGACUGGGGCCAAACGAGCUGGAAAUGCUCACUCUGUGCGUAAACGCUGGGAAUGUAAAAUUUAUUCUAGCAAAACGAUAGAAUAAGCCUUCGAUCAACGGUUGGGAUUUUCGAUCCGUAUUAACGGUGUCGAUCCACGGGGAAGAGAAUAUUCGCAUAGCGCCAACAUUUUCCCUCUCUUUUCUUUUGUUUGAACCACCACUCAUCAGAGGGCUUUGCAGAGCUAGGGUUUUGCGGGAAGGAGGCGUUGCUCGAUCGAUCGAAUGGACGAGAAUGUGGCGCCUCUCGCAGUGAAUCCUCGAGCUGCGCACCCUGUGCCAAAGAAUGUGUUUAAGCGUCUAUACAGUGGAUUCAAGGGAGGGGAUCCGAAGAUCCGCAAGCAUGGGAGUACGAAAGAGGAGGAGAUUGAUAAAACCCCGUUGAAAGCCACCAGAGGACGCCAAGUUUCAUCCAAGUUCUCUGGGGUUUUGUUGUCCAGAUCCACCAAGAAGUACGACAGCCAGAGACAAUGCUUGGCGAAGAAGUUCUCAUUUAAGACGCCGUCUACGAACCAGCAGUUUGUGACGUCCGAGAGAGGGGCUGAGAGCAAACCGUCGGUGAAAACUCCCGCUUCCGUUAGACUUGCGAGAUCCAAGCUCGAGUCCGCAAAGUACUGGUUGUCGCUGGUGAGUGUUGCGGAGAAAGCAGGAAAGCACGCCGUCUCGGUGGGGCUUUUCCGCCUUGCUACCGACUGUGGAGCAAAGCCGAUAGCUGACAUCCAAAAAGGCCUUGCGUCCUAUACUGCUCGAUACAAUCUCAACUCGACUCCCGCAGACAGCCACCUGGAAGUUUCAACUUCUCUUAAAGUCGAGGAACAUGUCCCGGACGUGCAGUCGGAUAGUCAGCAUCCUGCAAUCAAUACUGACGCUGACGAAGGCAAAGCUGUUAAAGAAGUCAAGGCUAUGGAGAAUGUCGGUGACGAAGAGUGCUCACGGGUUUCUGUCAUUGACAAGCUUAAUCCAGAAGACGAUGCUACCUCUGAGGUCAUCAACGGCGUCAUUCACACUACUGAUGCCCAUGAAACUGGUGCCACCAGUAAGUUGGACGCGCAGAAAUCGCCACCAAAGCCUUCGGCUGAAGUUAUUGCUCCUCGACGUACCCCUCGCCGUGCAUGCGCUAUACGCGCGAUUCAGAGGAUUGAAGAAAGCAACAAGAAGCAACCUCGACGAAAGCAGUCAGAGUCGAAGGCUGGCGAAACCUCGAACGAAGCUCCUGAGUUGGAUGUCGAGAAAAUGGACGUGGAUGCCCUGAUGGAGGAGGUAGUCUCGUGCAUGAUGACAGGUUCGGGCAACCAGGAAGUGCUGAGUACUUCCAAGCCCCGUCUGCGUUCGAGCUGUAAGAAGCAAGCGAAAGUACCUGCUCGAUGCGCAAUCUCGCCAAAUCAAGCACAGGAUAAGAAGGCUGGCAACGGGAACAAGGAGUUCCAGGUUGUGAACGAGAGCUCCAAAACCAGCGAUCACAACGAAGUUGGAAAAGAAAAUGCUCCAAAGGUGACAACGAGUCGAACACUUUUCGAGACACCGACAAAGAAAAGCAUAGCUGUUGAACCAGUGCCAGGAAGUACCGAAACAAGGAAGUCGGCAAGAAUCCGGUCAAUCGGCAAGUCCGCCGGCAAGUGUGCUUGACAAUGUGAGUUUUUCCUAGACUUUACAGUUUCAGCUUGCUAUGAUCUCUCAACUUUCGAAAGCAAGCUAGCACCAGUUGAAAGAUUUGACAGAGAAAGCAUAUAGUAAAUAUUUCCUUUACUUGAUCGAUUUCAAGAGCUGAGAAAAAAGGUGCUUUUGGCGACACUGGAACUUCUUUAAAGGCAUUUGGGGCGAGAAGCGUAGCUAGUACACAGAUGCGCCACGGAGCUUUUACUUACUCGAAGAAAACUCGUCUGCUGGGGUCCCAGUUUUGAGGGGCAUCGGAUGCUUCCAUUCCGAUAUGGAUGCUAUCUUCGAAUCCAGGCUCGCUUUCCUUCUGGAGUCCAUUUCGAGAGCUUUGUUUUUAAGUGUUUUCAAUGGGCUAAAGCUGGUGCUUUGCUUGGUGUAGCUGUUUAAGUGGGGACGCUUGGAGCCUCCUUUUCUUUUAUCAAGUGUUCUUUCUAGCGGUAAAUGUGAGAAUGAAAGAUCUUUGUC